AUGACACAACUGCCAGAACUCGGCCUGAGGUCUCCUAAUGACAAAUCCCCCACUGGUCCCCACCCACUGGAGCACCUGCUUGCCAGGCUCCUCAAGUGACGAAGGACAUCCACUCCGAUGUCGUCUCCCAGGAGCCUCCUCUGCAGCGUCUCAGGUCCUGGCUCUCACCUCCUCAGCACCCAUCCCAUCCUGUGUCACUCUGUGUAUCAGCCUCCCCCACCAGCCUCCAGGCCACAAGCCACAGGGUAUCAAGGGCUUGUUCCUGUUCCACCAACCCCACAUCCACUGUGUCUCUCUGGUCAACUUUACCUUCCAAACAUUCCCAGCACAGUGAGAGAUGGCUGUGGCCCUGUCAUCUCUCACCUGAAAUUAACAAUGUGUCCUUGGGGUCUCCCACGCUUACAUUUUGGCUUCUCCAGCCCCUUCUCUGCAAACAUGGAACACUGGGAUUAUUAUAAAUCUCAGACCCGUUUUGCCCCUUUCCUGCCUGAGAGUUUUUGUGGUUCCCCACUGCCCUCAGAACAAAGCUCAAGACCCGUUGGCCUGGCAUUCAAGGUCCUUUGUGCUGCUACCUGUCGACCUCCCCAGUUCCAGCUCCUUUGGUUUUGCCUAUACAAGCUGAAUCUGCACCAGAGGAUCUGUCUUCCUCCCUACUUGGCCCUACUCCUCCUAGGAGCCUUUUGGACAUCACCUCCCCCAGGAAGCUUUCUGCAACCACCCUACAACCAUCCCUAUAAACUUUAUAAAACCAAUUAG